AUGGCGACUCUAUCCGGUGGCGCACUGCCACCGCCGAAACAAAUUCGCUUUGUGAACAAUCAGGGCCAACCGCCAUCCAAGAGACGUCGGGUCAAUGCUGCUUGUCUUACUUGUCGCAAGCGCAAGACGAGGUGCGAUGGAGAGAAGCCGAUCUGCUCGGCCUGCGAAAAGAACGGGCACCAGUGCCUCGGAUACCCUGACGUGCCCGAAAAGACGACCAAGCAGGAGUCGACAAAUAACUCUGGGAAGCCCGGGCCAGGAAAGGUAAAAUAUGAAGUUGCAGUCGACUCGGAUGACGGCGGGCUGGAGGAAAUGGUCAAGACCGAAGAGAAGGCCCACCAGAGGAAACAGGACGGAGGUCGCAAGCCGAGCACCUCGGGUCGGCAACAGAGUGAUACCGCAUCGACGUCGAGUGGACCGACGCCGCGGACGAAAAAGGAGAGUCACGAGUGGGAGGGCGAGUCCUCGGCAUCCCAGACGCCUGGCAGAUCUGCUGCAAAGAGGUUCUCGAGUCACCGGACAGUAUCAUUCUCGGAAGACGGCCGGAGUUCCAACAACCGCUCACCUGUUCCACAUCGCCACGACUCGCACAGGGUGCCCUACUUCCGCUACUUUGGGCCCACCGCCAUCGUGCCUGGGCUCAAGCAGAUGGUCGUGAAUGUAGGGCCCUACAGUCGGCGGCGCAGCAGUCGGGGUUCCAUGUCGGCCACGUCGCCUCUCUCGCUGUUCAGCCACCGCAGUGCACCUUCACAUGCCGACACCGUCCUCGAGCCGUUUGACGACCUGCCAGUCUACGACCCCAAUGACCAUGCGCCAGUCCCCCCGCUCAUCACCGGUCUGGUCGAGAUCUUCUUCCUGCACCUGGGCUGCAUCCAUCCCUUCCUGCGCGGGGAGAAGAUCAUCCGCCUGGUCAAGGAGAAGAAGGUCGAUUCCAUCCUCGUCGAUGCCAUGUGCGCCCUGGCCGCUCGGUUCGCCAACUUUGAUAAGCUGCCCGGCGCCGCGGAAGGCUCGCGAGCCGAGUAUGGCCAUGUUUUUGCCCAGAGGGCCAAGGCUGCAACGGUGGAUACCUUUCCCUGCCCGACAGUCGGUGCUGUGCAGGCCUACCUGCUGUUGGCGUACGAGGGCUUCGGGGCCAACCAGGACAGCGCUUUGUGGAUGUACCUCGGACUAGCGAUCCGCAUGGCCUUCGACAUGGGCCUGCAGAAGAACGAGGGGGUGCAGUACCAAGGAGACAAGGAUCCCUGGUACACUGGGUCUUGGAACCGCCUCAGCAACGAUGAAGAGGACGAGGGCUCGCCGGUUGCCGAGGAUGAGAAGCUGAGCCCACAGGAGCAGCAGGAGAUCGUGCAGGAACGUAUCGACACGGCCUGGGCCGUCUACAUUCUGGAUCGUGUCAUCUCUACCGGGACGGGUCGCACCGUCACUGUGAGGGACGAUGAAUUCGAACUGCCUAUCCCCGAACCGGCCGUCGACUUGUCGACAGGCCUGCCAGCACCGUAUCCAUUAUUCGCCCACAUCAUUCAGCUGUACGGCCGCGCGUCGGAUGUUCUCAACAAGCUCAGGAAGGUGUCUGAUCUGACCGGGGAAAAGCUCGCCAUGCUUGCCAAGAUCGAGCGCGACCUCAUCGGCGUCUAUGAAAAGCAGGACCCGCGGUUGCAGUUCAACCCGCUGCAUUUCAGCAAUUAUGCCAAGAACGGGCAGGGGACGCUCUUCAUCCUCCUCCAUGUCUGGUUCCAUGCCUGUAUCAUCAUCCUCCACCAGCCACUGCUCACGCCCUUUGGCAGCCGAGACCACCAGCUCACGGCUGGCAGUCGCGAGCUGGCCAUGUCCAGCGCCAAGUCGAUCGCCGACAUGCUCGCCCUCGCCGAGGUCAUCGAUCCCAACAGCUACAGGACCAGCCCCUUCACGUCGCAGCCCAUGUACAUCGCCGCCUGCGCGUUCCUGACGGAACUGGCAGCACAGUCCUCGCUGCCUGCCUCGCGAGCUACGUCACCGACGCCGGGCCGGCAGAAUGGGGGCUCCGCAUCGGGUACUGAUGCGGCCGGCAUGAAAGUGAAGUGCACUACGGAGGCGCCGUCGAAGCACUCGCUGCUGGCCGAGAAGUCAAACGAGAACUACCGGCGCUGCUACAAGAGCCUGCAGCAGUUACAAGAUCACUGGGGCGGUGUCAAAUACAUCCUCAAUGCUCUGGAUCAUCGAUCAAAGGGUGUCUGGGACUGUGAGACGUAUACUGCCGAAGAGUAUGCCAGCACGAAACUGGCGCGGCGGCCUGCCUCGUUGGCUGCUUUUCCCCGCUCUGACACCCCGGCCUCGCCGCCGCCGAACAUCGAUCUCAUGGCCUGGUCGCUGACGGGAACGACAAACACGUCCAACUCGACGCUCGUCCGGCUCUAUCAAAACGUCAACAAGAACGGUGGUCCAUCCCAGACCUCGCAGUUCCCUCCCCUGCAGCCUCCUGCCCCUCCUCCGGUGUCAGCCCCGACCCCGCCAGGGAACUGGAGGUUUGAUCCGGUCCGCCAGAGCCUACCGGAGAGCACGGCUCCGCUCACGCCUGCCAUCCCUCAACCCGUCGUCUCUGCCGUUCGAUAUUCUAUGGGUCCUUCUCCUCAAGCCACCAGCAGCGCCCGGGGCGCGACCAAAUUCGAGGCUGUGUAUUCUGCCGAAGCAACUCCCGGCACGCCGGGAAGCGAGAACCGGCUCCAGCCAUUCACGCCGUCGUCCAACUACGAGCCGUCAGUGCUCCAGGGGGCUUCGCCGUCCAGCUCCCUCGCGGAACCCAAUCCAUCAUCAUCAUCAUCGUCACACCAGCAGCGGGCGAAUGCAAACCACAGCAGUGUCGCGGCCGCGGAGAUGAUCAACCACUACGGUCACGAAUUUGCGCAGAACGGCAUGGCAUCUGGGUCGUUCUCGUACAUGGGCGGCAGCGGCUCUAUUGCCGACGCCAUCAUGGUCGAGCAGGUCGACCUUGGAUCGAUGCAGCUGCCGACUGACAUGUUCGCACCUUGGGAUCUCUUUCCUGGCGCCAACUUUGCCGAUGUGUUCGACGCGAGUGGGAUGGGUGGUGAUACGGAAGGUCAAGGACAGAUUUGA